UGGCCGUGAUCUCUUCACACAUCCUACUCUUCCAUUCUCUCUACCUACUCAGGCUUUCAUUGAAUUUGCAAACAUGGGAGAAAGCAUGCUGGGGGCCAUGGCAGUAUUGAUGAAGAACUUCAAUAAGUAUGCUGGAACAGACGGAGACAAAGGUUCAAUGAGCAAGAAAGAACUUUCUGAAAUGCUCCACAAGGAGAUUCCUGGAAUGGUCGGAGACAAAAAACAGUUAGACGCAUUCUUCACCGGCCUGGAUGGGGACAAGGAUGGCACUGUUUCUUUCAAUGAGUAUAUCGUGCUUGUAGGAUCCUUAAUGAUGAUGCUCAAGGAAAUGUUAGAUGAAUAAAGUACAUGUCAUUA